CUUACAUGGACUGUUCCCAUCAGAGUGCCCCCUUACAUGGACUGUUCCCAUCAGAGUGCCCCCUUACAUGGACUGUUCCCAUCAGAGUGCCCCCUUACAUGGACUGUUCCCAUCAGAGUGCCCCCUUACAUGGACUGUUCCCAUCAGAGUGCCCCCUUACAUGGACUGUUCCCAUCAGAGUGCCCCCUUACAUGGACUGUUCCCAUCAGAGUGCCCCCUUACAUGGACUGUUCCCAUCAGAGUGCCCCCUUACAUGGACUGUUCCCAUCAGAGUGCCCCCUUUACAUGGACUGUUCCCAUCAGAGUGCCCCCUUACAUGGACUGUUCCCAUCAGAGUGCCC